GUGUCAUGUGACGUUGUGACGUGGGCGUGUCCCAGCCCCGUUUUCCGGAAACAUGGAGGCUGUUCUGAGUGAUGUUGUAGCUCCUGAGGACCUCAAAAAAUUCGAGAAGAAGUACAACAACGAGCAGCUGAAGGGAUCUGUUUCUAAGGAAACAAAGUUUGAGUAUGCUUGGUGUUUAAUCAGGAGUAAAUACACAGACGACAUCAAGAAGGGAGUGUUGCUUCUUGCAGAACUUGUCCACAAAUCGUCAAAGGACGACUCCCGGGACUAUCUGUUCUACCUUGCAGUGGCCAACUACCGACUCAAAGAAUAUGAAAAAGCCUUGAAGUUCAUCCGGACUCUCCUGAGGAACGAGCCGGGGAACAAGCAGGCUCUGGAGCUGGAGAAGCUCAUCGACAAGGCUUUGAAGAAAGACAGCUUGGUCGGCAUGGCGAUUGUUGGGGGAAUCGGACUGGGCGUGGCAGGCUUGGCGGGUCUGAUCGGCUUGGCGGUGUCAAAGGGAGCAGCGAAAUCCUAACCUGGAUAAAAAAUGUGUUCUGGACUUAUACGUUGACCUCCAUUAAGAAAAAAACAAAUAACCAAGUGCUAAAAAGAGGUUUGUUUGAAGUUGAAUUUGUGCUGCGACACAUUUGCAGCAAAUGAUGGUUGGAAAAAAAUGUUUCAUUCUUUAACAGGGUUGAAAAUCACAUUUUCUUCUGU